CGGGUCCAGUCUAGACCAGACAGACGGCCGGCCUCUAGUAAUAAAAUAAUAGCAAGGAAAGCAGCUAGCAGCCACUAACCGCAAGUGUACACACACAUGUGCCCGCUGUCGUUUGAGUUGCCAUUACGAUGACUUUCUGCAGACGGUAAAUUCUCCACAGAACUCUACCAUGGGGAACACGCAGGGCCUGCUAAAGAACUCUAAGUUCGAGACUGCUCUGCACAUGUCCAUCGAGCAGUCACUGCGAUCCAACACAGCCACCCCGCAACCGCUCUUCUCGCAACUUUACUUGGACAAAGAUGUCAAACCAAAUGUUAAAGAUCUGGAUUCACAGCCUUCUGGAGAUAAUCCAAGGAGGGAAUCCAUUUCUACCUCAUCUUCAACGACUCCUCUCACCAGCCCCCCAGCCACCCAAUCUCGCCCCCAGGACUCCAUGAUGAGCAAACCCCUCCCAUCGCCCCGGUUUGCCCCACCCCCCAUCGUCAGCCACAUGCCGCCUUCCAUUCCAUCACCAGGGUCAAUGCCAGUCAUACUGACCUCACCCAGGCUCCCCAACCAACCAUUGACACCGCACCACCUUGCCCAACAGCGUUACGUUCUCCCCUCUCAUGUUCCAUUCGCGACACAGCCACCUCCUCUACAACAGAUUCAGCACCCGCGCUCACAAGAGGGCGCCGUGAUGUCUCAUAGUCAGACGUCGUCGGCAACAACGUCUAGACAAGGCUCUCCACGCUUGUCAAGUGAGGAGGCUCAACCCAUGUACAGGAGAGAGUACCUUGAUAACGUAGGGAUGCUGUAUAAUACGCUAACGGGAGGAUGUCAGGAAGUAGGUUUUUGCCAGGCUGGAGCCGACAUUCGCUUGACAGAGCUGAGUGAGAAGCAGUUUGAUGUACCAAAAGGGUUCAUCCUAGUCGGAACCAAGUCUCCUUAUCUUCCAGAGAACAUCUUGGUGGCUGCCGUUGAUGCACGCUUUCUGCCAGAUCCCAAUACAUCACUCGCACUACUUGGAUUCAGCGGGAAUUGCGUCGGCUGCGGAGAGAAGGGCUUUCGUUAUUUUACAGAAUUCUCCCAUCAUAUCAAUCUGAAGCUGACCACCCAGGCCAAGAAGCAGAAACACUUGAAGUAUUACCUCGUUAGGAACAAACAGGGGCAGCUGGUCCGAGGACCUAACAUACCCUGGAAGGAAUGUCGGAAGACCAGCUUUCCGGGGUCACAAGGGGUGUACAUGGGAACACCGCCCCCGAACGUGAACAUGUCACAAACAUCAGUAAUUGUUCCCCGUCAGAUAAUGAGCCCCACUGCUAAUAUCAGUUACCAUGGCAACCAGACAUCGUCCACAUUCCAGCCCAGGAGUUCUCCCUCGGCGACCAUUAACCAUUACGGGACGGCCCCUCCGCACGACACGACCGCUCCUACCCACAGCGCCAGUAAAGCGACCCAUCACUAUUCAACCGGGACGCCACCAUUGAUGAAGAUAGGGGAGUCCGGAUCCUCCAGUUCUCACCAGCAGCCCCUCAAGAAACGACACAGGUUUCAUAGCAUGGAUGAAGAGAGACUCAGAGGAGACAGCUCACCAACCCUCCCACCCAAGAGACCAACCAUCGCUCCGCCACCCCUGCACCCGCCCAACUUCAUCCCUCCACCCCUCUCCAGCGGGCUUCAAGACACCUCCUUUGUACCCCCUGGCCUGGCUGAUGUCUGCCGCACCAAGGUGGUAAUCCUAGACUGCAGUGGUAGCGUCCCUGUCUUUCAUGGUAGCAUCGGUGACAUUGUUGUGAGUACGUUGUUCCGCGAUAGCUUAAAGCCUUCUCAGCCCAUCAUGGCACACGCUGCAGAGAGUCUUGGGUUACUCGGGAUGCAGGGGAUUAACUUUGAGACCAUGGCCCUCGUCAUGAUACAGUAUUUCGUCCAACUCGGGGAUAGAUUACCCAAUAAGGAGGAGCUAGACUCCGCCCUUCUCAAAGCCCGGCAAGACACCAUUAUCAAGGAUCAAGGGGGUCAACACAACAUACCACAAUUCACCACGGUGGCUCCUGCUCAACUCCCAAUGCUCGCUAAACUAGCUGUAGCAACUUCAGAAGGAAGAGUUAAAAUCAUCAUAGCACAGGGCUCCAUUGCUGAAGGCGUUUCAGAGACUCUGAAGUUGCUUGUGACGAUGGGACCGAACGAACAGCGUCCUCUAUACUAUGUUAUCGUUCAUGUGUCGAGGCAGAGGGGCACAGAAUUCUGUAUUGUCGUCAGUGGGUGUCGUCAGGCAAGGGCGCUAUUAGAAGCUAGGUUAUCCGUCCCCGAGACCUUCAAGGAGAUCAGCUAUGAGAUCAUUACGGGAAAGAUACAGCUGUUGACCAAUCACUUUAGUAAGAAUAGCCCUGCUGGCCAUGACAUUGAUGCUUUGCUAGAGUCUUUCUCAGGGAGUCUUGAAGGAGAAGUCUUUGUUCCAUUCAACGGGGAGCUCCUUCAGAGGACGGAGGAAACAGUAGCAGCUGAGAUGGAGAUGAGCACAACGAAAGAGUAUACUCCGGAGCCAUUCAAACUGCACCCUCUGCAAAUCUCUACAGCAAUGAAGAUUCUUUCCCAGGUGUGUGCUAUAGCGGACUCGGACCAGAUGGCUCUAGACCUCGGCCGCUUCAUCAAAGUAGAUUUACUGUUCAUCGUUCCACCGUCCAGCAUGUUGUUUCAACAGACGGUCACAAGACUUAUAGAAUCUAACCUCCUUGUUGAUCUCGGUCUGACGACCACCAACACCCAGAAGACAGCUGAGCAAUACAUCAUGCAGUGCAGUACCUCCAGUGAAAACCAAGCCAAAUUUGAUAAUUUCGUCAGUAAAGUCAAGAUUAUGCCACAUACGCUGUUUGUGCUGGUGCAGGACCAAGCUCAUUUGGACAUCUAUAGGUAUUCUGUGAGCCAACAGCAGCAUGGUGGUAUUGUCCACCGCUAUACCAACUGCCUGGAUAUUCUAGAUGCACCCAAUGUAUUAACGCUACAAGUAUCUGGGCUUCCUUAUAAUCUUCAGACUAAGAAGUCACGUAUUCCUCCUCAGAAUGAGAUCUACAUGCCAACAAUGAUGAAACAGUCCCCCAGCAGCCAAUCUGAUGUAGACACCUGUUACUUUGGCAUUGAGGAAUAUUGCAGCACACUCAAAUGGAGCAAUGAAGCCCCACUCUUACAGUUUGACAAUGUCUACGAAACAAUCGUCGAAUCGUUGCUAAAAAGGUAUCCCAAGCUACACAGUAUGGUGGUAUGUACGUACCUCCUGAUUCGUCAAUACUCAGCCGCUCUGAUGGCUCUAGCUGGCAUCCCAGAAAUACGAGAAGACACAACCAGCUCAACGUUUAAAAUCAUACAGGAUCUGGUCACAGCUCCCCUGGAGAGUGACAGCGGACAGGGUCAAAUGAAUCUACUACGUAUCCCAUGCCCACAGCUAGCUAUUCUAGCCCACGAUAAGCUACGUACUGUGCGUGAUAAGAUAGGGUUCCAGUACAGGCUGGAUAUCUUAUUGUGCAGUAGCGAACAGGAGAUCACCGUAGAUGAGUACUUCUUGAAGAGAUUGCAGACCUGGCGAGGCAAAGACAAGUCGUGGAAACCUGAGACGUAUGAGGAUCUUGAUGGCUUACCUUGUAUCCUUAUCUUAACCAAUAAGACUGUGACAGGAGAGACCUUGCCCAGGUCGCUGAGGGCUGUUGACCUCCGCCUUGUCAACCACAACGUCUUCGACCUAUCCAGUCUGGAGCAGGAACUUGGUCUCGCCUGUCGUUACAUUGCCUCCGAUGCCAUCGAUCCUGUCGUCACGGUAACGGAGGACAGUGACAAUGAGGAUGAGGAGGAUGGUGAGAGUGAGAGCGGGAUGGAGUACGAGCUGAGUGGUACGCCUGGGCUUCAUAUUGAUCUCAACUCACAGGCUGAUAAUAUGUCAACUAAAUCAGAUGCAGUCAGCAGUGCCCGCUCUACGCCCAAACUGAGUGUAGCAGCGGACACCACAGCACGUCUUUCUACCUCCUCCCAUGGGAGUGAUAAAGACCCAUCCUCCCAGCCCACUCCACAUUCCAGUAACGUCGGGUCCCCACCAUCCAUGAAACCCCAACUCCCCAUCAAACAAUCCCCUCGGUCCACCACACCCUCCCGGAGCUUAGAAUCCAUCGGCAUGGUGACGAGCUCCGUACCCACGGUGACCUAUCCACCAAGUCUCCAGCCGGAGUCGGACAUUGAGGGCGGUAGUAGCGCGGUCAAAGAGGAGCGAGAAGUGGACGGGAUUGCGCGGUGUGAUAGGGUGGCUGAAGAGAGGGUCGAGAGGCCACCAUUGGUCAUUGUGUCCCGGUCAGUGUAUGGGAUCCUAGGUAACAAACACAGCAAGAGCAUUCUAUCCACCUUGUCACUGCCACCCAGUGCAGACACCAUGUGGGCGACUACAUUGCGCCCAGUACCUAGUAAGGAUCCUGAGGUAUUGAGUGCCUACUAUCGGCAAUGGUCUGAGCCUAAAACCCAUCACUACGAUUAUGAGAGGAAGGGGGAGGGUAACAUCACGUACCACCCACGAAGGCUUCUGCUGUAUGGACCACCUAAGGUCGGCAAGACGGGUACAUUCAUCCACUUCCUACGUGUCCUCUCCCGCAUGCUGAUCAGACUCCAAGAAGUGGAGGUGAUCGACGAGGAAGACCUGGAUGUUGAACCGCCCCCUAGUGACUGGAGUGUGCCAGACGUGACGGCGGUCAAGUGGCCGGAUUACGAAGCCAUGGUCAAGAUGCCGUUUGAUCACACCUUGAGGCAUGGUAGAUCCAAGAACCACAGUCCAGUAUGGACACAGAAAGUUAAGCUGGGUAAAGCCUGUACAAGUGCCAGCGAGUCUGAUGUACAGCGGAAGCCCUCCACAGUGUCUGUCAGGCUGACCAAGUAUAGCGCUCAUAAUGCAUUCCAUCACUGUGACCAGUGUCUUAAUUAUAAAGAUAUCUCAGCUGUAGAGGCGAGGGAGACCAAAGCGUACAGUAUCCGUCUCUCCUCCGCGCUAUUCGGUAAAGAUCUUGAGCUUCAAUUCAUCAUACCCCCACAGCAGGAGAAACAUUUUGUCUUCAACCAACGCACUGGCCAGAUGAUGAGUAUGGUUCUGCCUACUAUGGGAGAACAGGUGUGUGUAUCGGGUCCUAAUGCAGUCAAAACGCCCAUCUUCAUGUGGACGUUCGGUCGUCAUGAACAUGGUUUAAUCAACCUAUACCAUUCCAUGGAGGGCAGCAAACACGUCCACGUCUUGGUGUGUAAGCAGAAAGAUGCACUGGCCUAUGAGAAGCAAUGGCCGAAUCAUAUCAUAUUGGUCCUGCCUGAUGUAGUCAACGAAGCUGGCCCUGGUGCGGCCAAGUAUUUCAUCAAGGAGUUAGCCUACAAUAAUCUGCAGCUUGAGCGCAGCAGGCAGGAGGAGCUUGGUGUCGUACGGCAUGAUGUCUGGCCGUUUGUCAUCAUCAUGGACGACUCCUGCUUUGCAUGGCAUGAGUGUGUGCAAGGAAAGAAUGAUGCAAGGAUAGACUCCCUAGUCUCCUUGAAGGGUUUGAUUAGGGAAGUGGAGGCCAUCCCUAAGCUAUUCAGCUUCGCUAUGAUAGGAUUCCAGCAGUGGUCAGGCAGGUUAAAGGUCAUGACCGAGGGUCAACCGUUCUCGCAAUGCCAUCUGUACAACAUGGUGUUUGUGAAUCUAGAAGAGACACAGAACGUGCAGUAUGAUCAUCAUAGGUUUUUCAGUGAGGAUAUUGAUUUCAACCUGAGAGCUCAUACUAGCUCUCUCGUUCUAUGCCAGCUCAAUCGUUUCUCUGUCAUGAAGAAGUUCAUAUCCAUUGGCGGAGAGACGGUCAAUGUAACACCAUGCAGCAAGUUGCCUUCUUCCGGUGCAAGCGGACACAGCAAGGAUAAGAUCCUGUUCCGUAACUACGUCUCCACCCCAGACAGUGAGGAGCUAGUGCCCCUUAUAGCACCACCCCAGUACCUCCUUGAAUGUUUCUUGGAGAGUAAGAGUGGAGAGAGGCUCUUCCCUCUGGCUGUUGCUUAUCCCGAGAGCCCUGUCCUUCUGGUCGACUGCUACCUCAACUUAGGAUCACAGAUUGCCGUACAUUUUGUGAGUUCCAGACCACAUUCCAUCAACACAACGACAGACAGCUUGAUGUUCAGUGGCCUUCUACUCUACAUGUGCGAUGCAUUUGUAGAGAGUAAUUUCCUGAAACAGUUCAAGUUUGUAACAGGGGCCAGACUUUGUCUGAUAAGUCCAGACAGAAGCACCCUGCGUCGUCAAGUCGUCCGACUAGACCUGGAGGACCGUUGGCGAUUCAGGCUCCGAGAUGAAUUCCAAACGGCAAACAGAACGGAAGAUCGUCCACUCUUUCUCCUUACAGGAACAUACGGUGACUAAUAUGCAGCUCUGGGCCCAGUUUCAUCACUCAGCUUACCGCAGAAUUCUGCGCUUACGAUCUCUGCUUACUGUGCAAGCGCAGAA